AUGCUUCGAUUGACCAGAUCAGCGAUCAAGAGUAAUCUCUCGUCAUCAUUUAAAUAUAACUCAUCACGAGUCUAUUUAUUUCAUCAAUCAUGCACAAGAUUUAAUGAUGCAUCAUCUUCAGAAGAAACCACAGAAAAAGAAAAGGAAAUAGUUCAAGUACUAGUGCCAUUGGUAGGAAGUGGAAUUUCGAAUAUUCAAUUCAACAAGUGGCAUAAACAAGUUGGAGAUCAAGUAGGUUAUGGUGAUUUAAUUGCUGAAUUGCAGCAUAAUGAGACAAAAUUGGCAAUUGACAUUUUUUCACAAAGAAGAGGAAUAUUAAAAGAACAAUUAAUUAGUGAAGGAUCUUUUGUGAAUUGUGGAGAUGCAAUUUCAAAUGUUGAAGUUGAGAAAAUGAAUGAAGAAGAGUUGAAUAUUGACAUGACUACUGUCAGGCAGGACCCAAAUCAAAAACCUGAAAAACCGUCUUUACUUUCUGCUUUGCUGGAUUUAGGUGUUCUAAUACUUGCAUUCUUUUCUAUCUAUCCAAUGUUUAGUCAAAAAGAAGAAGAAAAAACAAACUAG